UCAAAAUGGCCAUUAUUCCUUCGGUCUUGCUAAACUUUUUAUUUCCACCACCACCAUCGUUGUUCAUCACCACGAUGUCGGUCAUAGGUUUCUCGUCGCUAACAAAUGCCGGGUUCAAGGAAAUAAAAGGCAAACACAUGCAAUAUUCCAAGUUCAUGAACGUAGGAGUUGCACAAAAAAAGAAUGAUGGGAUGAAAUUAUUGUCUAGUAGAAAUGGGAUGCUUUUCUUCUACACACCUGCCUUUCUAAUUGGGUUGACUUCUUUCUUUCUAUUUGCUGAUCAAGAUCUUAGAUUUGUGUUGCUUUCUUUGGCUCUCACUCUUCAUUUUCUUAAAAGGGUACUUGAGGUGUUAUUUGUUCACAAAUUUAGUGGUUCCAUGACAUUAGAAUCUGCAAUAAUCGUUUCAUUGAGCUAUGCCUUCUCCACUGCAACAAUGAUUUAUGCUCAAUAUCUAUCUCGAGACAUUCAUGAGCCAGUCGUAGAUCUUAAAUACAUUGGAAUUGGAGUGUUCUUGGUUGGAAUAACGGGCAACUUUUACCAUCAUCGUAUUCUUGCUAAUCUACGGAAGGAAGGGGAGAAAGAUUACAAAAUCCCUCAAGGAGGGUUGUUUGAAUUGGUUAUAUGCCCACACUAUCUCUUUGAGAUUUUCGGGUACGUUGGAAUCUCUUGCAUUGCGCAAACAACGUAUGCUUUUGCUUUCACUUUAGGUACUAUUUUCUAUUUGACGGGAAGGAGUUGUGCCACACGAGAAUGGUACAUAUCAAAGUUCGGAGAUAACUUCCCCAAGGAUGUGAAGGCUUUUAUUCCAUACAUUUUAUAAAUUAUAAUGAUUAAGAUAAGAUUAUAUAUGUGUUGUAUCUACAUGUACAGUUUUACGAAUAGCUAGCUAGUACAUCUAGUCUUAUUGUGUUGUAGAAGAUUUGAGCGCCAAACCAAUAUGUUGUGUUUAUAUGUAUUACAUACAACAGAAAUCAUAUCCGUACUAUGUGUGACAA